CCAUGUACAUGCCUUUUGCCCAUGGAGGCCAGAAUAAGGUAUCAGAUUCCUUAGAUGUGGAGUUACAAAUGGUUGAAUUGAAACCAGGUCCUCUUGAAGAGCAAGCUUCCCUCUUAACUGCUGGGCCAUCUCUCCAGACUCAUUCCUUUUUUGUCAACAUAGAGUCUCUCCGUGUGCAGUCCUGACUAGCUUCAAGCUCACUGUUUAGCCCAGGCUGACCUGAAACUCAAGAUCCUCCUGUCUCCAACUACCAAAUGCUGAAAUUGCAGGAACCAGUGACAUUUGAGGAUGUAGCUGUGGAUUUCACUCAGGAGGAGUGGCAAUACCUGAACUCUCCACAGAGGACCCUGUACCGAGAUGUGAUGCUUGAGACCUACAGCAACCUCGUUUCUGUGUGUGAGGUGGCUUCCAUAGGCUCUGAAGACCAAGGAGGUAUCUCUCCUUUAUCAUCCUUAGAACAGCAGGUUACUAAGCCAGAUCUCAUUAUCAAGCUGGAGGUAGAAGAACCAGACCCAGAAGAUGGGGAAAUUCCAGUUUGGAGCUUUCCAGAAGUCUGCCAAAUUAAUGAACAAUUUGAGAGGCAACAUCAAGAUAAACAAGAUAAGUAUCUGUUGAUGCAAGUUAGACUCCCUAAUGACAACAUAAUUACCAAGAGUGGCCAGAACUAUACUGAUUUUAGAAAUGCAUUUCAUCUUGUUCCAAUGCAGAGAUCCCAUAAAUUUGAAUCAUUUGGAAAUACUAUGGUAGACAAUUUAAACUUGCUUACUGGAAGCUCUACAGAAAAUAAACAUGACACUGGGUGUGCAAAAUUUUUCUUCCAUACAGAAUAUGAAAACCCUAAUUUCAUAGUGAAACCCUGUGGAUAUAAAGAAUAUGAGAAAACCCUCAGGCAAAAGAAAGGUCUUAGCCUUCAUCAGAGAAUUAAAAAUGGAGAGAGGCCUUUUGAAUGUACUGCAUGUCAGAAAACCUUCAGCAAAAAGUCACAUCUCAUUGUCCAUUGGAGAACUCACACAGGAGAGAAACCAUUUGAAUGUUCUGAGUGUGGGAAAGCCUUUAGCCAAAAGUCUCAGCUCAUUAUACACCUCAGAACUCAUACAGGAGAAAGACCCUUUGCAUGUCCAGAAUGUGGCAAAGCCUUCAGAGAAAAGUCAACUGUCAUCAUACAUUAUAGAACUCAUACAGGAGAGAAGCCUUAUGAAUGUAAUGAAUGUGGGAAAGCCUUUACUCAGAAAUCAAACCUCAUUGUUCAUCAAAAAACCCACACGGGAGAAAAAACCUAUGAGUGUACCAAGUGUGGGGAAUCCUUCAUACAGAAACUUGACCUAAUUAUACACCAUAGUACUCAUACAGGAAAGAAGCCUCAUGAAUGUAAUGAGUGUAAGAAAACAUUCAGUGAUAAGUCAACCCUCGUUAUACAUCAGAGAACUCACACUGGAGAGAAACCUCAUAAGUGUACUGAAUGUGGGAAAUCUUUCAAUGAAAAGUCAACCCUCAUUGUGCACCAAAGAAUUCACACUGGUGAGAAGCCCUAUGAAUGUGAUGUCUGUGGGAAAACUUUCACCCAAAAAUCAAAUCUGGGUGUGCAUCAAAGAACUCAUUCAGGAGAGAAACCAUUUGAGUGUAAUGAAUGUGAGAAAGCCUUCUCUCAGAAAUCCUACCUCAUGCUACAUCAACGAGGCCACACUGGCGAGAAGCCCUAUGAAUGCAGUGAAUGUGAGAAGGCAUUUUCCCAGAAGUCCUAUCUCAUUAUACAUCAAAGAACUCAUACAGAAGAAAAACCCUACAAAUGUAAUGAGUGUGGAAAGGCCUUUCGAGAAAAGUCAAAGCUCAUUAUCCAUCAGAGGAUCCACACAGGAGAGAAACCCUAUGAAUGCCUUGUGUGCUGGAAAGCUUUCAGCCAGAAGUCACAGCUCAUUAUCCAUCAGAGAACACACACAGGAGAAAAGCCCUAUGAAUGCACAGAAUGUGGCAAAGCAUUCAGGGAAAAAUCGACGUUCACUGUACAUCANAGAACUCACACUGGAGAGAAGCCCUAUAAGUGUACAGAAUGUGGGAAAGCCUUUACCCAGAAAUCCAACCUUAUUGUACAUCAGAGGACGCACACAGUAAAGAAAGCCCAUUGAAAAGACCACACUCACAAGUCAAAGCCUACUACGCUAUAGUGUCUUUUAUAUAUUCCAAAGGAAAUAUCUAUUCAUUUAAUAUUUUAAAAGUAUGACCUGGAUUCUAGCCUAAUCAUUGGGAUAAACAGCAUUUCCUUUCAUCUUUUUCACCCUAAUGCAAGUUGAAAAAGUAGUGUAUGUGUAAUUUCUCUGAAGAGACCAGAUCAGGCACCAGUGCAGGAGAUUUAAGGGCUUCCCGAAGUGAGGCAGCAUAGCUAAGGACUCUGGAGAGGGUUUGGUAGCACACUAAGGUGCAUGACCACAGAUAGCUGUGACAAAGACCAUAUGAGGUCUGGGGAGAAACAAGCAGAAAAACCUUGCAUUUACAGAAUAUGACAGAUUUGAGGAACAGCUAGAGGUGGGUAAGAUGGGAUGAAUAAAGGGAUAUAGUUGGUCCUGUUUAAUGAUUUGGACAAAGUAAAGUCUGAAGGAACUAAUAUGUGUCUCAGUUGUUUAAAAAACUGAGAUCCCGGCGUGUUCGCCACAAAAACUUUUGGCAAAUAGCAAGUCCAGGAAUGACUUUUCUCAUUCAAAGAAAAGCAUUUAAGGGUAAUUAAAACCACAAAUAAAUUUUGACUUCUGGGAAUACAUAUACUCAUUGAUUAUUUUUAAAAAUAAUCAAAUGCAGAGGUAUUUGUUGAUGCAUUGUUUGAAAACAAAAGAUUAGAAGCUGUUGAAAUUGUAUUAUGUGGAUUCUGCUUCCUGGAACUGAUAUAUUCUUACAGUAGACUCCUCAGAGACAAAAAUGAACAGAAAGAACGUGGAUAUCAUUUCUCUAGUGAUUUGAGAUAAUCUCCAAGUUACAUCAUUAGCUACAAAAAGCAACACACAAUAAAGUGAGUAUUCUGUGCUACUCUUUGUAUAUAAAAGGGAGGAAAUUGUAAGUACAGAAUGAAUUGUAUAUAUAAACUGUUCCUGGAAAGGAAUAUAAAAAUGUAAUUACAAUUACUACCUUACAAAAGGAAAAAGGUCAGUAGAUUACUAGGGAAAUGAAACUUGGAGACACAUUUUGUAUUCUUUCAUAGCUUUGGAAAGUUGUACAGUGUGAAUAUACUACCUGUUUGAAAAAAAAAACUAUCUUUAAAACCAUGUUGUAUUCCUUUAAUGGUCACUCUACAUACAGAAUUCAUAAUGUAUAUAAGCUCGAUAGAGUUUAAUUUAUUUUCAGUGAGCAAAUUGGAUAACCAGGCAAACAGAGAAACGAAAAUAUUCAUUCAAUUCCUAAGAUAUGUAGACAUUUUCCCCAAACCUCAAAUGAAUCUGUAUGUGUGGUCACCUGGGGACCAUAUUACAUAAGCCUAAAAUAACAAAAGCUGGAACACAUUUCCAAUUUAGGUGCAUAGUGACACAUGUGGGAAGUUACUUUAUUAAAAUCCAUUUAUAUCUUUUUAAAUCUUAAAGUGAUUUUAAAUUACUCCAUUUUUUACAAAAAAACAUAAAAUACCAAUUCAACAGGAGGUAGAGUAACAUCCUCCAAAUAUCAUACUAGUGCUGGUGGCAUGUAUUUUCUAAGGUCAGAGAUGAAAUUGAGACCCAUGAGAACAAUAUAACAUUUUCUGGAGAACAAGAGGUCUUGUUUGUAGAUUACCGUAUUUGUAAGCCCUCUUAUUAAUGUGGCUAUUCAUUGAUACUUAUCUAGCAUUAAUAAGCAACACAAGCUAUGUAAAACCUGGUGGUCAGCUGGGUUUGUACUUACCAAAACAGAUGAAUUAGACUUGAGUCUGUUUGUGCCUUUCUAGACUACCUAUUUUUAAGUGUGUGAGUUGUGUUUGCAUUCAUGCACUCAUGCAUGUAUACAUGUAUGUUGAGGACCAGAGAGUCACGAUCCAACUUUUUUUGUCUGUGUAUGUUCAUAUUUGUUCUCCAGGGUCAAAGCCUAGAUGCUAAAUUGCUUUUAUAUAGAUUUCUAAAUUGUACUUAGAAAGUUUAAUAUAUCUGCUCUCAAUAAUUCUCUCUCAAAUGCCAUAGCCCCAGUCAAACAAUAUUUAAUGUAUAAAUACUUACUGAAGUUGGGUCCUCUGUAAAAAGCUUCCUUAAUGGCUGAGCCAUCUUUCAAGCCUCUUUUUUUAUGGUUUAAUUUUGGGUGAACAAGUAAGCAAUAGGCUCAGGUUUGAGGGGGCAAUGUUUUAAUGCUGUAGAUCAAACAAGGGGCUUUGCAGAUGUGAAGUGCUCCCACAUUCUGCUGCGUCUUCCCUUUAUUUUUGAACUCCAUAAGAUAUAUAUAUCCAUUUCCAGGGAGAAAAAAAAUGUAGGGCCCACUAGUUUGUUCCUGGUGCAGUCUACAUUAAAGAUACUCAAGGGAACCAGAAAUAGCUAUGUGAUCUUUUUACGAAUAGAAAAUCAUCUCCAUUUAAGGUUAAUCUGCAGUCAGGUGAGAGCUCAGGUUGUGCCUUAUGCUGUGAAUCUUGGAACACCUUCCUGUGCACCAGAUGGCAAUUUGUUCCAGCUGCAUGUGGCAAACUGAAGUGACAGAGACAUAGACUGAAAAGGAUGGGAUAAGGAUGAACUGUAGGAUGCAAAUGUGCUAAAGUUAGAGGGAAAGAAAGAAGGCUAAUGAAGCACCAAGUGUGGGUCAAUGGAGUAGUAAAAGGCAGAGUUGGGGAGCGAAUAGGGGAAAGGAAGAGAAAUAUGAAAUCUCCAGUGGAGUACAGUACUUGAGACUAGAUUAACAUAAGCAAACAUGUGGAUUUGAGGGUGAAUGGGCAAAGAAAAUUGUAUUGGAAGUGAGGGAUGGUGAGGUAUAGCCAAUGUUCCUGCUCGAUGAAGUUGAUUAGAGAACCAUGCAGGUGAAUGAAAAGAGGAAAAGGGAUGGGACAACAAAGUAGGCAGACUGCUAGAGUGCUAGAGUGAAAGAAUGAUGAAUAUUCAUAGGUAACAAGGAGCUAUGGUAUCAAGAGUUACAAUCACAGGACCUUGGUAAAAGCCAAGUAGAGAACCCCACCAUGAACAUAAGUAUAUGAGAUGGAAACAACCUGGACUCUGGACUCAGUGUUCAAUUAAGGUCAGCUCUGUUCUCCAUGUCUUUGUGGGUUAUACUUAGCAUGCCUCAAGAUAUCAUAUAUUUAAAAAAAAAAAAAAAAGUAGCUCAGGCCAAUGUAUCGGCUCCUCUACUAAUGUUUUUAUUAGUUUAAGCCUUGUUCUCAGUGUCCAAGAUAAGUAGAUGUCUUAACUAUGAGAACAGAUAAACAUUCAAAGAAGAAUCCAAGAAAGUAAGUGUGCCUGUGCUAUACCAGGAUACAGUAGGUUCCUUUUACGAACCUAAGUUUUCUUUCAGUUGUCAACUCUGUUCUGAAAACAUUAAAUGGAAAAUUCCAGAAACACUUUUAAAUUGAGUGCCAUUCUGAGUUGCACCAGACUUUAUACCAUCCUAUAAACCGUCUCGGUAUCAGGCAUUUCCAUGUUACUGGCUUCUACCAGUUAGUCACUUAGUAAGUAGAAGAUCAUAAAUAUAAGCUCAGCAGCCGGCCACAUGUGAUAUCACAUGUCUUUAAUUACAGCACUCAGGAGGGAGAAGCAGAUGGAUCUCUGUGAAUUCGGGGCCAGCCUGGUGAAUUCCAGAACGGCUAUAUAGCAAUACCUGUCUCAAAAUUUAAAAAGGCUCAGCCAAUCACAGGGGCAUGUUUUUCUAGGCUCAAUGCAAUAAAUUCAGGUAAUUCCUGUUAUCCUAAAUCACUCGUGUGUUAAAAUAUU